CGCCAGUAACAGAUGUUGCUUCAUCCAACCGCCACGCAGAUACGGACUGUUUGCAAAAGUUUAUAUCAUCUCCUCUUUCAAGCCACCUUGCAAAAUCAUCACCCAAAAAACAAUGUCAGAUCUCUUUCCUCACGACCUGCAACUCCAAAUCCUCAAACGUCUCCCUCUUAAUUCCCUUCUCAAAUUCCGUACAGUCUCCAAAUCUUGGAACUCCCUCAUCACAAGCAACCAUUUCAUCUCUUCACACCUCCAAUCAAUCACCCAUAACAAUCCUCAAUCCCUAUUCAUCAGGUACUUUGAUCGAACACGCAAAAUCGAGCAAUACAUCACAGCAAAAGACGAUCAAACAUUCGGGAUCCACUUUUCCAACAUUGACUUCCAACACGCGAGCAAAACUGCAUAUUUUAGGAUUGUUGGUUGUUGCAACGGUGUUGUUUGUUUGAGUGAUGAUUUAUUUGAUUCCAUGUGUAUGGUUGUUUUAUGGAACCCGUCCAUUCGUAAAUCGGUACGGGUUUUGGUUCCGGAUUAUCAACAGAAUUGUGUCUGGCCGCGAUUUACUGUGUUAGGGUUUGGUGUUUGUCCGGUGACUCAUGAUCCUAAGGUUGUUAAAAUUGUGUUUGUUAAUGCCUUUUCGGUACCGGAUCAAAUUACGGUUGAGGAUCCACCGUUGGUCGAGGUGUUUUCGGUUAACUCGGGUGGCUGGGGAAAGCCUUUUGGUCAGAAUCGCAAUCGUCCAUGUAACAAGAUUAAUAUCACUUGGUCUCAAGUGUGCUUUAAUGGGGCAAUACAUUGGGUUGCUUACGAUAGGCGAAUUGAGGCAAGUGGACGGUGUAUAAUCGUGUCGUUUGAUUUGGUACAUGAGGUGUUUGAUGAAAUGCCACUGCCGGAUGCUUUAGCGAGUCAAGAUAUCGGAAACUUGGCUAUGAGUAGUCGUAAAGGACAACUUACGAUGCUCGAGUAUGAUAUGGAAAAGGGGAAAGAAGCUUGUGGUGUGUGGGUGAUGAAAGAGUAUGGUGUGCCGGGAUCAUGGGAAGAGAUGUACGUUAUUCGGUUACCAGGGAUGUUAAGAAGGGUUGUUGGGUUUAGGACGAAUGGGGAUAUGGUGUUGGCAUUGAAGAAUCAUGAGCUGGUUUAUGUUGAAUGCACGGGGAAUGUGAAGAGUCUUGGUAUUUAUGCGAAUAUACGCUCGUUUUUUGUUGGAUCAUACAUGGAAUCCCUGAUUUUGAUCAAUCAGCUUGAUCAGUAGAUGUACUAGUUGAUUCUCAUAGCAAUGAGGCAUUAAUUUGGCUUACAGACAUAAACACAUGAUACAUAAAUACAGUUGUUUUCUUUGUGUUCUCAGAUACUAUAUGCAAUUUUUCAUUAAACCUUGUGAUACCCUUCUCUA